UGCCUAGCAGCACUCUAUAUUUCCAGAGCAAGUUUUCUGAAUAACGCAGAAAGUUCUUGCACUUCAACUCUUGUGCAUCGUUGGUUAUAAUAAUGCUCAACGGCACUCUUGCGUUUGGAGAACUGGACACGAAUGUUUCUGAGCCGCUGCCGCCUCUCUCUCUCAGCCACAACCAAAGUGCGUUCCCUGCGCUCCGGCUGGAGUCCAAGUCUCUGGUCAUUUCAGCCACCAUGUUCGCCGUGGGAGUCUUGGGGAACCUCAUCGCCAUAGUUGUGCUGUGCAUCUCCAAAAAGGAGCAGAAGGAAACCACUUUCUACACCCUGGUGUGCGGGAUGGCCAUCACGGAUCUGUUGGGAACAUGCUUCACCAGCCCGGUGGUGAUCGCCACAUAUGUGGCUAACCGCUGGCCAGGAGGCGUGCUGCUCUGCCACUUCUUCUCCUUCUCCAUGCUCUUCUUCGGCUCGGCCGGCAUGUCCAUCCUGUGCGCCAUGGCUGUGGAACGAUACUUGGCCAUAAACCACGCUUAUUUCUACUCCCAGCACAUAGACCGGACAAUGGCGCGCUUUGCGCUCCUGGUCACCUACCUGGCUAACAUUGUACUGUGCAUAAUGCCCAGUUUUGGCUUCGGGCAGCACGUCAGGCACUUUCCCGGGACUUGGUGCUUUCUGGACUGGAGGGCGAUGGAUCCACUGGGAGCCUGCUACUCCUUCCUGUACGGCGGCGUGAUGCUGCUCCUGAUCGCAGUGACCGUUCUGUGUAAUUUGGCGGUGUGCAGGUCGCUGGUGGGGAUGAACCAGAGGACCGGGAUAGUCAGGACGGAGUUGUGUGAGCAGGGAGGAUCGCGUCGCCGCUUCCCACGGCUGCCGCUGGUCACCUCCGCGGCGGAGAUGCAAAUGUUUUGGCUUCUGAUCUUCAUGACCAUCGUUUUCCUGGUCUGCUCCAUCCCUUUAGUGGUGCGAAUAUUCGUGAACCAGAUAUACGACCCUGCGUAUGUCUCUGCUGGGGGGAGACCUGACUACCGGAGCGACAUGUUGGCGAUCCGCUUCGCCUCAUUCAACCCCAUCUUAGACCCCUGGGUGUAUAUCCUGUGCCGGAAGAACCUGUUGUUGAAGGGCUGCGAGAAGCUGAAGAGGACCGUGGUCCAAGUUAAGGACAGUCGUAGUGACAACAUCGGCUGGGUAGGAGGUCAACACUCGCCUCCGUCUCUAAACAGCAACGCCACCAGUUACGCGUCAUUACGCACAGCCAGCUACAGGAACGACGUGGAACACCAGGUGUCCAACAAUAACACGUCGUUCACAGACUUCGCAAUGAGGCAGGGGUGGGAGUACGACACCGCCCAGGUCAACUUCCACCCGUUCAGCGUCGAGUCGACCGCGACUCACGGCCGUGAAGAAGAACUAGCAGCCGGCUGCAGAAAGGAGGGGGCGGCUCCAGGACGCCGCGCGACGCAGCUCCUCACUGCGCACUAUAGAAAAGUGGACAUUGUCACCUGCACCUUCAGCACACCAAGUUCAUGUCAGUCAGCGAAAUGCCUUUGAUGGACAUUUGUCAAAUGCCAGCAUCAGUUUAGAAAUGUUUCAAAGUCGGGCAGCUGCUUCAUCUGCACAGCACAGUGGUAAAAUCUGCCAGUGAUAAACUCCAACCUAUGAGAUCACUUUUGAUGGUUCUGAAGCACCAAAGAGCCAUAACU